CUCAACAUACAUCCCCUUCAGGAAAAGUGUUCCUGUGAUAUCCAGAACUGUUAAAAUCUGGCCUAAUGGUUCUAUUCAACAGCUCCAGGACUGCUUCGAGCCCACAAACUGGUCUGUUUUUGAACAUGAGGACUUGGAGCAGUAUACAGCAGCUGUCUUGGGAUACAUCAGGUUCUGCACCGACAUGGUCACUGUGGAUAAGUGCAUCCGUGUUUAUCCCAACACGAAGCCUUGGAUGACUCGGGAGGUGUGGAACCUGCUCCAGGAGAGGAACACCGCCUUCAGGUGUGGUAAUGGGGAGCUGUACAGCGCCGCCAGAGCCAACCUGAAGAAGGGGAUCAGACGUGACAAGACAGCUUAUAGGAGGCGAAUAGAGGACUGCUUCCAGAGUCAGGACUCUCGGCGGGUGUGGCAGGGUGUUCAGCACAUCACGAACCACCGACCCAGCACACUGUUGGCAGACUACAGUGAUGCCUCACUGGCAGAGAACCUCAAUAGCUUCUUUGCCCAUUUUGAGGUGCAGCCACCAGAGACAGUCAUCAUCCCCUCACCUGCCCACAACAGCCACGCCCUCACGCUGGAGGAACAGGAGGUGAGGCGGAUGUUGAGGGGGGUGAAUUCAAGGAAAGCUGCAGGUCCAGACAGCGUCUCGGGACGGGUGUUGAGGGAAUGUGCAGCUCAGUUAGCUAGUGUGUUUACAAACAUUUUCAACCAGUCCAUGAGCCAGGCUGCUGUCCCCCGCCUGAAGUCCACUAUUAUUGUCCCCCUCCCUAAGAAGACCAGGAUCAGUGAUCUGAAUGACUAUCGCCCGGUGGCACUAACUCUGAUUAUUAUGAAGUGCUUUGAAAAGUUAGUCCGGGCCUAUGUCACCCCCUGCCUUCCCCCUGGGCUUGACCCUCACCAGUUUGCUUAUUGUGCGAGCAGGUCCACGGAGGAUGCCAUCAUUAUGGCUCUACAUGCUGCUCUGUCCCAUCUGGAGCAGCAGGGGAGCUAAUGUGAGGCUGCUCUUUG